AUGACCAUUAAUCAAUUGCCUACUGAAAAUUGGCGCACGAUCGUCGCCCAGCGACGCAAGGAUCUCGACUCCAAAAUCCCUCAAGAAUGGCGGCUCAAGGAGAACUUCCUCUCCUCGCUUGCCCGCCCCAACCAUCUUCUGGCAUCGAAUGCAGUACGGAAGAGUGGAAUCCUCACUGAAGCCGAGCUAGAUCUUACUGAGAACUACGACGCUGCUCAACUGCUUCAGAAGCUUGCCACUGGCGAGCUGAGUUCGGUGGCCGUUACAACGGCGUUUUGCAAGCGGGCUGCCAUUGCGCAGCAACUGACAUCCUGUCUGACGGAGCAUUUCUUCGAUUUUGCUCUAGAACGUGCCAAGUACCUCGACGAAUAUCUCAAGCGAGAGAAAAAGGUCGUCGGGCCGUUGCAUGGACUUCCGAUUAGCAUGAAGGAUAGCUAUCAUGUAAAAGGAUACCAUACUACCAUCGGGUAUGUGUCAUUCCUCGAGCAGGGGCUCGCAACGUCGAACUCGGCCGUGGUCGAUAUGCUACUGGACCUGGGCGCGGUGUUGUAUGUCAAGACGAACAUCCCCCAGACGAUGCUAACCGCUGAUUCCGAUAACAACAUCUACGGACGCACCCUCAACCCCCACAACACAACUCUCACAGCGGGCGGCUCGACUGGCGGCGAAGGCGCGCUUCUUGCCCUUCGUGGCUCCCUCAUCGGCGUGGGCACCGAUGUCGCAGGCUCAAUUCGUAUUCCUGCGCUCUGCUGUGGCAUCUACGGCUUCAAGCCAACGACAGCCCGCAUCCCAUAUGGCGGCCAAGUUCGUUUUCUUUAUGAAGGGCCCCCAUCCGUGGAACCCUGUGCAGGGCCGAUGGCCGCUACCUUUGAGGACCUCGAGCUCUUCAUGUCGACCAUCCUCGACGCGGAGCCCUGGCGCUACGACGUGACGACUCUCGCCGCUCCAAGGUCCCGUCCAUCCGUCGAGCCUCUCCUCACCAUCGGCAUCCUCGCCGCAGACGAGAAAUACCCACUGCAUCCUCCUGUCAAACGGGCCCUGCAAUCCGCUAUUGAAGCGUUAACCCGGAAAGGGCAUCGGAUUGUCUACCUCGACAAUGACACCAACAAAGACCUCGACAUUGCCUACGCGAACCGUCUGUUCUGGCAAUAUGGCACCUACUCACCCCGUCUAGACCAUAUCACGCCCAGCGGCGAACCGCUCGUGACCUCGGUCGCCAAAGGCCCCUCCCCUAUGGUGACGGGGUCGUUUCCCAUUUCCAAAGACCUCGGCAUUUUCGAAACGAUCCACGAAUUACAUCACAAGAGACAGCAAUACCGCGAUGCCUGGCGCAAGGUAUGGGUUGAGACAGGCAUCGAUGUGAUCCUUGCUCCAGGCGCGCAGAAUACCGCCGUGUCGCAUGAUACCUACGCGUGGCCACCAUACACGGUGGUGUGGAAUCUCCUCGACUAUCCGGCCUGUAUCAUCCCGUAUGGACAAGCGUCUAAAGAGCUUGAUCCGGAACCGAUGGCUAUAAAUGACGGCAUGCAGCCUGGUUAUGACCCUGAUGCAGUUGAUGGUGCCCCCUGUGCUUUACAGAUCAUCACUUCGCGAUUUCAAGAUGAGAAAUGCCUUGCUGCUGCGCGAAUCAUUGACCGAGGUAUCCGGGAGUAG